CCCCCACAACCUUGAUUGAGCCGGAAAGGCACCCGACCACCACCCCAACAGCCGAGAGGAGCUCCAAAACCAGGAGGACAGUGAAGCUAACGCAAAGAGGGAGGGGAAAAAAGGGGGGGAAGAGGAAGAAAAAGAAAGAAAGAAAAAGGAGCCCCAACUUUACCGCUGCUGCCCCCAUCUCUGCCGAUGGGAAAGGAGAGGAGAGUCUACCCAUCUCUGCUUACCUGCCCCCCCCCCCCGCUUUGGUGGCACCGCUGAGGCAACUACAGAAACCCUAGAGAAGUUCUUAAAACACAGGCUAGAAGUGACACAAAUGACCACCUAAUCCAAACGCUCUGAAAAAGCCACCAGCCAAAGCCUGAUCAGCUCAGCAACCCAACAAUACUCAGGAAUCACCACUGCCACAACUCCUAACCACCACACGCCCUACCCCAAGUGGACGCCAAGCCAACCUCAAACCAAAACUAUCAGGGAGACUGAGAUGACACCAACCAGGGAGAUGGCAAACAAUGCUAAGAUGGUAACUCCCCUUCAAGAUGAUGACCACCCAAUAACGAAACGAGAUCUGAGGGAAAUGGAAGCAAGAUUAGAAGCACGAUUAGAAGAAACACUGAAGGCCACAAUGGCUCCCAUGCAGGUACUAAUCAACAACCUAACCUCCAAAGUGGAAGCUCUAGAGAACAAGAACCAAAUGCAAGAAAGAAUAAUAGAGCAAUACCGGGAGGAGAAUGCACGUGUGAACAAGAAACUGGACGAACUGGUAAACCAAAUGGAAGCAGAACACAGAGAGAUGAAAAUUAAGCAAGCCGACCUUGAAGACCGCAAUAGACGUUGUAACAUCCGCUUCCGCAACUUUCCUGAAAAAACAGAGGAGAAAAGCCCAGCAGACCUAAUUAUAUGCUGGCUGAAAAACACAACCCCAAGCCUGAAACUUGAGGCAGAUGACUUGGAGAGGGCUCACAGAGCCCUAAAACCUAUGCCAAAACCCAGCGCCCCCCCCCAAGAGACAUCAUUGUAUGCUUCACACGCUACAAAAAGAAGGAAGAGGUAUGGAACAACAUCAGAAACUCAACCAACCUUCGAUACGGAGAAACCCCCAUUCUGGCCCUACAGGACCUAUCUCAGGAUACCCUAAACCGGAGGAAAAGCCUGCGCCCAUGCACCCAGCGUCUCCAACAAGCAGGGAUCAAAUACCGAUGGGGCUUCCCCUUCCGCCUCAUUGUAACAACCAAUACACCACAACACAUGGCUACCAACAUACCUGAGGCCCUGCAACUACUAAAGAACCUUGAACUCGACCUCCCACCGGAAUGGCAAUCGACAAACCCACCAAGUGACAGCCCCAACCAUGAGGAAACAACAGCAAACAACUGGACGACGGUACAGAAGAAAAAGAAACAACAGAAGCGGCACAACAAC